AUGAAAUCAGCACACUCAAAUGUCAUUGGUCCGGUGUCAAACCCAUCGCUCGUGAAGGACGGCAGCCAGCAAGACCCGGCCUCGUCCAAACAGCCCUGCAGCAAGUGGAAAUGGGUCCCGUUUACUUCUUCAGCACGGUCUGACGGCGCCACUUUCGAGCACUGGCAGAAAGAAUCGGACGAAAAGGACAGCGGGGACUACGCUUACGCGAGGUGA